AUGAAGUUCAUUGCCACCCUCUUCUUCGGUCUCCUCGCCUUCAUUUCUCUCGUCUCUGGCGCCCCAGUCCAACUCCAAGAGCGAGACGUCUUCGUGCCACCAGUCCUGCUCCCAAACAGCCAAUCGGUUUGGAAAGUAGGCACUCGACAGACUGUCACUUGGGACGUCUCGAAACCCCCGAAACAGAUCACCAACAACAAGGCGAGAAUCGUUCUUGUCACCAACGGCCGCUUGGAUUUUGAACAUCCUCUGGCCAUUGACAUCGAUGUCCUUGCUGGCAAGGCCCAUGUCACAGUGCCCCACGUCGCUCCGGGAAAGAACUAUCAGAUUCUCGUCUUCGGUGACUCCGGCAACACUGGCGAGUUCUUUACGAUCACAGCGUGA